ACGAACGAGCGAGCGAGCGACGGUGAUCCGUUAUCAAAACCCGGCGGGAGGAUUUUUUGAGGAUGAUCGGAAGGCGUGCUGGAACUAACCGAGUCGGCGCGAGGAGGGACGACUCGCUUCUAACUCGGUUCGUUGACUCAGUGUUUUCUCUAUUCCGACUAGCUGAGUUUGAGAUCCUGUUUGUGCUAUUCUUCGUUAUAGCUUACGUCAUCUUCAAGGAUUUGACGGCGAGGCCCGAGUACAAUCGGAUUCUUGUUGAGAAACCCGGUGGAUCUGACAUCUGGCCGUUCUAAUUGAUUACAACACAUUCACUGUAUUGCUUAGUAAAUGUCACUUUUUUUUCUUUUCAAUUUCUCAAUGUAAUUCUCCUUCCAUGGUUUUUAAUUAAUGCUUCGGGUUCGUUAAGUUAGUUUUGGUUUUUAGUGAUAAGAUCUGUUAUGCUUGGCACUUGGCAUGGGCCAUGUUCAUAUGAGAAUCUCAAGAAUAUAAAUUUGUAGAAUUUAGCAUGUUUAUUUCAGAAUUUCAGCUAAUUACGAUCUAUAAUUUCCUCUAUAUUUCACUCUGUAAAAUAAGUUACUCUGUUAUUGAAAAUUUAAUGUGUUUUUG